CAGUGCUGUGGCAGAUGAGCUGGAACACCGGGUGGCAGAGGGCGGUGGAGUGGGGUGAGCGGGAGGGCAGGCUCCUCCUCCGCUGCCACAUCCACUCUGCCACCCCGAGCCCGGUGCUCCCUCCUUCCUGCCCUGCACACCCUGUGCCCCUGCUGUCGGUCACACUCUGGACCAGCGGCUUUCACACUUCAUUUUUAGCAGCAUGACUUUCUGCCUUUCCACUUAUGUUAUGAGAAACUCUAGUAGAUGAAGCAGUUGGGUUGGAGCUGUUCUGGUGCCGGUGAGCGUGGGGCGCCCUGUCUCCCCAUCUCUGGGGCACAGCUGUGGUGUCCCAGGGCUCCCUGCCCCAGGCCAUCUCUUCUCUUGAGUGACUGCCUUUGGUGCUGCCCUGCACGUCCUGCCUCUCCCACGCCGUCCUGUCUGUCCCUGCUGCCCCGUCCAUCCUGACGCACCUGAACGCUUGGGCCUGAGACCCUCUGGAGCAGGCCUGGCCUGGCCUCCCUGGCACCUUGUUCGCCACCGUCUCUGCUCCUGACGCCGUGACCCGGGCCGUCCUGGGCACAGGGCUUCCUCAGGCCUCUGCCCUGCCCAGCACAUGCACCUGAGUCUUUCACGGGUCCCGUCUCUCCAGAACCAGAGAGGCUCGUUGCUCCUCUGUUGCCCGUGCUGGGGGUGCAAAGGGGGGUUUUGCAGGGGCUGGUGGGUGCGUCCUGAGUGCUGUGUCGUCAUGGAGCACAGAGCUGAGUGAUGUGUGCAGUGACCCGGGUCCGGUCCGGCUUCAGACACCCACCGGCGGCUGCUUGAAAUUGGAUCACCUGAGGCUGCUAAAUGAGCAGCAACAGCAAUAAGAGAGCUCCAACCACAGCCACCCAGCGACUGAAACAGGACUACCUUCGGAUCAAGAAAGACCCAGUGCCUUACAUCUGUGCCGAGCCCCUCCCUUCCAAUAUUCUUGAAUGGCACUAUGUGGUCCGAGGCCCUGAGAUGACUCCUUACGAAGGUGGCUAUUACCAUGGAAAACUAAUUUUUCCCAGAGAAUUCCCCUUUAAACCUCCUAGUAUUUAUAUGAUAACCCCCAAUGGAAGAUUUAAGUGCAAUACGAGGCUGUGUCUGUCCAUCACGGACUUCCACCCGGACACCUGGAACCCGGCCUGGUCCGUCUCCACCAUCCUGACGGGGCUCCUGAGCUUCAUGGUGGAGAAGGGCCCCACCCUGGGCAGCAUAGAGACCUCGGACUUCACGAAAAGACAACUGGCUGCACAGAGUUUAGUGUUUAAUUUAAAAGACAAAGUCUUCUGUGAGUUGUUUCCUGAAGUUGUGGAGGAGAUUAAACAGAAGCAAAAAGCACAGGACGAGCUCAGCAGCAGACCCCAGGCGCUGCCCUUACCCGACGUGGUUCCCGACGGGGACACGCACCACGGCCAGCACGGGCUGCAGCUCCUCAACGGGCACGCGCCAGGGGCCGGGCCCCACCUCGCGGGCUUCCAGCAGGCCAACCGGCACCACGGACUCCUGGGCGGCGCCCUGGCGAACUUGUUUGUUAUAGUUGGGUUUGCAGCCUUUGCCUACACGGUCAAGUAUGUGCUGAGAAGCAUAGCACAGGAGUGAGCUGCACGCCGGACGCAGAGGUGAUCAAGAGCGAGGGACGGCCGAGCCUGACGCUGGCUGGCUGGACGCACCAUCCGCACAGGGCGGACCCGCCCAACGCCUGGGGUUAGCUUUUUAAAACCAUUAAGAGGAAAACAAAAACCAGAGUGAGGGGCUCGGAUUGGAGCGUAGACACGAGUCCCGCCCACGCGCCCUGGUCUCGGCUGUGGAGCUCGGGGCGGAGGAGGGGCCUCACGCUGUGGUUCUGUACCUCAUCUCCUGCAUUGUCUUUGGACAUGUUUUAGUAAACCUGUUUUUCAUUUUAUAGAUUUGAUCACUUAAAAUAUAAAACUCAAUGCCUA